GCGCGUGGCAGAAAUACCACAAAAACAUUGAUUAACUUUGUAAUUUAACUAACUUAUCGUUAUUAUCACAAAAACCACUUGCAAAACAUACAACUUAUCUUUGUUAACAAAUUAUCAUCAAUAAUUGGACAAUAAUGUUCCUCAAUAUUUCUCCUCUGAUAUAGACGAAGAAUCAGUGAUGGAAGCGGAAUUAAACUGCCGUGAGCGAAAUCGGCUGGUUACCGACGCAAAAGACGAUGCAUACAACACAAUUGAAGGUAGUUUAGGCGAAACCGUGAAAAUGCAAUGCCAUUUUUGCGAUGAACCUGAUGAUGAACACGCAAAAAACUGGUUCAAAAUGGAUCCUCUCGAUGACAAAUUUCGAUAUCAAGUUGAACUGGACAUGGAAACAAACACAUCGUUAAAUAGAAUCCAUCUUAAUACGCAACAUACCCUUACAAUAAGGAAUCUAACUCAGGACGAUCGUGGAGAAUAUUUCUGCAAAGGUCUUGAAGAUGACGAGUUGAACAAUAAAUUUAACUUUUUACUUGAUGUGGUAAUCCCUUCGGAUUUAUCCCCGGAAAAAGGAAAUCUAACCCACUGGAAGAAAUAUCACGAUGAGAAUAUCUCACCAAUAAACAAAAUGUUGAACCAAUCUCAAUCAAAAGAAGUCCUGUACUUGAAAAACGAUUUAAAAGUCCACAUUGAGCUGGAAACUUCAUGGGGACGUCCAGGUCCUUGUGAAAUCUGUGGGCGUCCAAAAGGUGAUGGUCGCAAGUAUACCGACGGUCAUUGCAGAGCGAAAAUAACACGUUUAGGCAAUCCACAAUUAUCGAAAAUAACAGCAGAUGUUAAAAUGCUAAUGAGAGCAACGCAUUUAUCUUGUAGAAGUAUUACGUUGCAUAAUCUUGUGCCUGGGAUAGUCAAUCAAACCUCAUACAUCCCUGAUUAUCUUUUGGUUGAAGUGUGUGAUGGUACUUGUAAUCCCGAUGCGAAAGGAGUCCACAGAGGAUGGCGCAGCACAAAGAAAGGGUUUAAAUACAAAAAGACGUUUGUUCUAGCAGAGAAUGCACAUUUGACUUUGAUUUGCCCCGAAUCCACGUUGGAAAAUGAAGUUGAAUGGAAGAUUAAUAAUAAGUUGAUAAGACCUGGCGAGAGUAAGAUGCCUAUUAGUAGAAAAGUGGAAGCAAAAGUAUUCGUUGAUUCUUUGAAUACUCUGUAUCUUUAUGGAGUGACUAAGGAUGAGGAAGGGAAUUAUACUUGUUACGUGGAUAAAGUGCGAAUGCAACAGGUUAGAGUGUUUGUUGUAAGUAAAUCAAAAUUAUUAACGCAAGCUUUUGUACGACAUAUGAUGUAUUUAGCUUUUGUAUUGUCGCUAACCCUAAGUUGUUACUGUGCGGGUUUGGUGAUAACAUGGACAAGAAGGCGAAAAUUUAAGACUUAUCGCCAAGUACGUCAUGAAUUGAAAGCUACGAACAAGUUAAUUGAAGAUGAUUUGAGUUCUCUGACGCUUUCUGAGGAUGGAUCAUUUACUAGCAGUACAAAUCAACCUACAGACACCACGCAAACUACACCUACGAGUAUAUCUCCUGUGUCACCACGAAAACAUAAAAAUAAGAGUAAAAGAUCGAAAUCAGAUCAAACUACUGAUAUUGAAUCAUCAGUUUGAGAAUAGACGAAGGAAUGAAUACAAAACUCCACAAAACUCCACUUGGGGUGUAGAAUUAUAUUCUGUAUCAUUAAAAGCAAUUUAGGAUCUA